GAGAGGGAGUAUUAGUUUAAAGUUCUACGCAUUAACAAGGUGGUAAGACACAUGAGGCAGAUACAGCAUGUAACAUAGAACCCAAUAGUUUUGCUCAAAUUUUGUAUAUUUAUUAUGAAAUCUACUAAACAUCUAUAAAUUUUGUACUAUUAAUUCAGUUACUACUCGAGUUUGUCGUAGGAACCCAGCCGCUGAGAAACUUUAUGGUUAUAAAUACCAUGAAGUAGUCGGACAAAGAUGUACCGAACUGCUUGUUUGCGAAGAAUAUAAUGAGUUAGCUAUGCAUUCUGUGAAAAGAUUGAGCUGUGGACAAUCAUGGUCGGGUCAGUUCCCGUUUAAGAAGAGAAAUGGUCAGAGCUUCAUGGCAAUAGUGACAAAAAGCCUAUGGUACGAGGAUGAUGAGCUUUAUGGUGUUAUCACUGUCUCAAGUGAUGGAGCAUUCUUAAAUAAGAUAAAUGCGGAAAAAACAAGAACCUCUCAGUCGUCUAAUGGACAACCUAGAAGUCGACCGCAAACUGGAUCAUCUGUUUCCUAUCUGGUCCUUGUUGUUGCUUUAUUCAUUGUGCUUAUUAGUAACAUUUUGAGUUAGUUUACUGAGUAAGUUAUCAAUUUGCCUCUGGUAUUUUUUAUGUAUUUUCAGGCCUCGAAAGUCUUCCUACUCAACCGUGGAGAGGAUGCACGCAAUGCAUCUGCUAAUGCGAGAGAGAGGGAGGAGGCUGAUGUAGACAUCACAGGAGGACAAUCACAAAAGCCACCUAGAGCACCCGCUGCACGGCUGAGUUUCAGUUUGCUAGGUAGGAAGAUCAGAGCAAAUGCAGAAAGCUCAGAAAUGAACGAGUCUCCGUUUGAUAAUGCACAGCCUUCUAAACUAGUGGCGAAGGUCAUGUCAAAGCUGCACAUUACAGGAUUCGGUAACAUUGGAGGAGAGAAGUGUGGAAAUAAUCAACAUAAUGGGCAUGAUGAACCUUGUGCUGAUGGGAAUGUCGCGGAACCUAAUUUGUCAUCAGCUUCCGAGGGAAAAUAUAGUCAUGUUCUUGAAGCCUAUCAUGAUUUUCAGAAUAUACUGAAAGGAUCCUGUUUUAUACCACAAAGACCUAUUGCACCUGAAAAUGCACAAAUAAAGUUCUCCGAAUGUUCUAAGGCAUCCAGAUCGCCUGAACAGUUGCCAAGAACAUGUUUCCAAAUCAAUGAUAAAUACCGUAAGCCACAGGUAGGAAAUUCAAAACUUUCAACGAAGGAAGAUUCAUCUGGACAGCAGUUAGAUAACCAACAGUCCCGGAAGUCGGGGGAGAACGCUAGAAGCAGUCAUGGAAGUUCAUCAAACAAAAAUCAGAAUGAGUUGAACUUGAUAGUAAAUUAUGAAAUACUUUGGGAAGACAUCAGCCUAAGAGAAGAAAUUGGACAAGGUGCAUACGCCGUUGUGUAUCAUGGAAUCUGGAAAGGAUCGGAUGUUGCUGUUAAGGUUUACUUUGGGAACCAAUGUGGGGAGACAAAUUUUCUCGACUACAAAAAGGAGAUUGACAUAAUGAAAAGACUUAGACAUCCGAACGUGCUAUUAUUUAUGGGAGGAGCAAGUUCACAAGAAAAGAUUGCCAUUGUCACCGAGUAUAUGCCAAGGGGAUGUCUUUUUAAAGCACUUCACAAGAAUAAUCAACCAUUAGACCUCAAAAGACGUCUUAGGAUGGCCCUUGACGUGUCUAGGGGUAUGAGUUACUUGCAUCGACGGAACCCUCCUAUAGUACAUAGAGACUUGAAAUCUUCAAACCUGCUUGUGGAUAAAAGCUGGACUGUCAAGGUUGGAGAUUUUGGCCUUUCGAAAUUGAAACAUGCUACAUUUUUAACAGCAAAUUCUGGACGAGGGACGCCGCAAUGGAUGGCUCCUGAAGUACUUAGAAAUGAACCUUCAACAGAGAAAUCUGAUGUUUUCAGUUUCGGUGUGAUCUUAUGGGAGCUAAUGACUGAAUCUAUCCCGUGGAAGGACCUUAAUCCCUUACAGGUUGUCGGAGUGGUUGGUUUCAUGGAUGGUAGGCUGGACAUUCCGCAAGAACUUGACCCUCGUGUUUCAGCUAUUAUCCUUGAGUGUUGGCAAAGCGAACCAGAACUUCGUCCAUCAUUCGAAGACAUUAGCCGAAGAAUGGCAGAAAUAAUUCUCUCAUUGGGCGGAUUGACAUCUAGGAAAAACUCAGUUUGACAGGACAACCUGAUGCAAUAAGCUCCCGCUAUGUUUUGGGUUCGGGAAAGGGGCGGACCACAAAGACAAAAACAUGAAGCUGAUAAAGCGAAUCGACAACGGACAACAAUGUUCUUUCUCAAUUUAGUGUAAAAUCUUUCUGCUAAUGCUUUCUGUUUUGCAUAAAAGUGGAGGAGUGUAUAAAGUCUGAAGUUCCCUAGUAAGUAGAUUUAUACCCGUAUGAGUUCUAAAAUCUAUUAAAAAUACUCCCAAG